GUAGAUACAGUAGAGUCUCACUUAUCCAAGCUAAACAGGCCAGCAGAAGCUUGGAUAAGCGAAUAUCUUGGAUAAUAAAGAGGGAUUAAGGAAAAGCCUAUUAAACAUCAAAUUAGAUUAUGAUUUUACAAAUUAAGCACCAAAACAUCAUGUUAUACAACAAAUUUGACAGAAAAAGCAGUUCAAUAUGCAGUAAUGUUAUGUUGUAAUUACUGUAUUUAUGAAUUUAGCACCAAAAUAUCACGAUAUAUUGAAAACAUUGACUACAGAAAUGGCUUGGAUAAUCCAGAAACUUGGAUAAGUGAGGCUUGGAUAAGUGAGACUCUACUGUAAAUAGAUAGAUAGAUACACACACACAUUGUUGUGUGUCUCCGGCUUAUGGUGGUCUUAAGAUAAACCUAUCAGGGGGUUUAUUGGCAUGAAAUUUUCAGAAGCGGGAUCCUCUGCCUUCCUCAGACAAUCAAAGAGUUAAAUGUGCUCAGGUCACUUGGCUAAGUGGAGAUUCAAACCUGGUCCUCCAGACACAUAUUCCAACUCAAAUCACUACGCCACCCUGGACACUUUGCAUUAAGAGUGAAAUAAAAACAGAAAAGUGGAAAUUGUUUGCUUAUAUAAAACUACUUGCAGGCUUCUCCCCGUGUUCUGCCGUACAGAUGAAAUCAGUGACGAUCAUAUAUAAUAGAUUAAUAUAAAGAUUUAUGCAUAUAUAAGUACUUGCACUUAUACAUUUUUAUAUGUGUUCCUUAUACUUGGGUCAGGUGAGGUGGCAACCACAAGGUAAUAACAAUGCAGAAAAUCUAUAAUGAGCAAGAAAGACCUGUCUUGAAGUGCCAGAUGAGUAAUAAGAAUUGGGAUCUAGAUUGUCUUGUGUAGCAUUCAUGUAGAUUGAGGACAAUGACUUCCUUUCAUCGUUAUUGGAUAUUUAGAACUGAAGUUUCAUUCUCCAGUACCUCAACAUAGAAAAGUAGUAAUUUUUCAUCCUUUCAAUAUCCAAAAUAGCAUAUUUCUACCAAGAAACAAUUAAGAGACAGUAUGUUAAAGAAUGGUUCUUAAGACAGAGUGCUCAGUGAGAAAGUAAAGCUUUCACUGGGCAGACACAGAUCCAGUUUCCUUGCUUCCAUGGGAAGAGGAUGAGCCAAAUGUACGGAGGGAAUUUUAUAUUUCAAGCAUAUGAUUCAAGGUACAGUGGCAGCCAAACAUUAUAUCUUUAUGUGGAUUUAGUUGUUUGGUGUCAGAUAAGUGUACUGCAUUAUUAGGUACAACUUGACAUGCAGUUUUAGUUUUCAAGUGCCCAAUUCUUAGUCUUUUUCAGAAGGCAGGGUGACUUGGACACUUCCAGCUGGUGUUGAAAUAGUAGAAUCAUUCUGAAGUGCAUUUGAUUCCACAAGUAGAGAAUGAGUGGUCCAGUUACAACACCAGAAUACCUAAACAUACAUUCUUUCUCUGAUAAUAUCUGUCUCAAAUUGGGACUUCACUGGUCCAAACAAUAUCAAUGUUACUGGGAGGAUGUGUGUGUCCUGUCCUCUUCUCACCAUUGUAUCACUUCUGCCUUUUCCCCAUAGUAUUAACUGUUGAAAACUCCUGGAGUUUGCCAUGGGAUUUGAAACAAGUGUAGUUGGAAUUUAGCAAAAUCCAGGCUAAGGUACAUUCAGGGUCCCUUUGCCCACUUACCUCUCAUUCUGUCCUCCUCAUUGUAGCUUUCUUGCCAUGCUGAAUGCUUUCCUGAGUCUGAGAAUGGUCUUUUAUGGAGGCACUGAGGAUGCCAUAGUAAAGGAAGUAAUAGGAAGGCAUCUUCCAUUAAAGUUACUUUGUUGACAUGUUUGAAUCAAAGACUCUUCAUUUCUUACCAGAAGCAUCACACUAAAUUGCUGGAAUUACUUCUUUGUUGUGAUUAUGUCUUUCCAUAUGCUUUAUUGCACUAUACCCAAGAUUUUCAUGUAUUUAUCACAUCAUUGAUUUCACUGCUGUUCAUGAAUACAGUAAGUGACUGAAAGAGUAUACUUGCUGUGGUGGUGAAUUGCACUAUUUUUUGAAUAUCUUUAUCUAUUAUAUUUUACCCCAGUAGUUUGAAUCCCCAGGGAAUUUGCACCCAUCCUCCAUCCCCAAAUUUGAACUACAUUUGUACCAAAUUCCAAUGCCAUUCCUCAUGAGGAAGUAACUCAAUAAUUGUUGAAACCUAAGUCAAACAUCUUUAUGUGUGUUUGUAUAGAUGCACAAAUAUACUUUGGGGUGAAAUGAAAUGGAGUGGAAUCAUUUUGAACAAUUGUAUAUGCAAUGUAUUGUUCUUCAGCCUGACUGGUGGAGUCACAACGGAAGUCAUUGUAGUCUAUUUAUUGGUGAGGAUUCCUCUCCUCUGCAUGCCUCUUUAUUAUGUAUUUUGUCUGACCUGGAUAGAAAUAUUUGGCAAAAAUGUAGCAAAGGUGUGGUCAAAUUGCUUCAGGAAAGGUAAUCCUGAUGCUUGAAAAUUACCCAUUGGGCAUUGUGAACAUACUCAAAAGAGAUUUGUUUCAAAGAACAUGUUAGUUACAUGUUGUUUAUCUUUUUGAGCUAUCAGUAGGAUCCAUCAUCUUAACACCUUUCUUCUACAGAUUUCUUUCUAUUCUUAGCAUAUUUACUCAAACUAAGUGCUAGGCAAAGUAAGGGUUUUAAAGAUAAUUUUAUAUAGUUCCAAAAUGAAUUAUCCGCAAUGCUGCUCAUUGCUUGGUGGAUUUACCAAGUAACAGCCACUUUUCUUGGAGAGUAAGGAAAGAUGUCAGAAAUGCACCUCUGUAUUUACUUUUACCAUAUAAAGUACAGAAUAAAUCAAUAUUUGAUAUCUGCAUGACUUUAAAAAGUAAUCAUUGAAUGUGAUUUUAAAGAGCAUUUCUUAAAUAUGACAAGUCGCCAUCUUGAACCUUUACUUAAGAAUGUCCCAACUUAAAAACAUUUUGAGUUAAGAGCUGUCGCUCAACCUGGGUUUCACUUUGACAUAUUGUUUCAUGUGAAUGUGCAGGUUUUGCCUUGCUGCUACACUGGCCAACACACAUUUUGUUGCCUCAAAUCUGCUUCUUUGUGCUUCUAUCAUUUAAAAGUUGUUCCAUGUGAAUGUGCAUUUAUACAUUACUUGUUAUUUAUAAAGUACAUUUCUUAUUUAAAAACACAUUUAAAUGGGAGGGUGCACAAGGAGCCGGGAUGGAUUAAUAGCAUUUCAGUGCUUUUCAACUGGAAAAUUUGCUUUGAGAUAAGAGCUCGAUCACAGAACAAAUUAAACUCUUAACUCAAGGUAUACCUGUACACAGAAAAAUGUUGAAAGAAAAAAAGCAUGUUGAAAGUUCCCACAAGUUGUGCAGGAUAAUGAAAGGUUUGUCACUGUGACUACAGUUUUUUUGUUAGAAUGUUAUACAAAGUAAAUUUGCACAGCAGGGAAAAAAUCCUUUGCCAGAUUGAAUAUUGCACAACUUUCAUUCCAUGAGGAAAGUAUUGCAGUUUUCAGCUUAUGUACUGAAAACUAUUUUGUAUUUUUUAAAGACUAUGUUGAUCAAAGGUUUCUCAGAGAGGGAUCUCUCCCUGCCCAGAGAGAGGUAUUCAACUCAUAUGCACCUGGAAAGGUCUACCGCUGGCUGGACCAACCUGGCCUCUGAUUGGCUGGGCUCAAAGACCUGUGUCAUUGAAGAAUAUGUCAUGCCACUGGAGGAAGAAGAGAUUACAUCCCCCACAUCCCCCUUUUUUUCUAUAGCUCAAAAGAGGGUUCUGCAUGUGGAGACUGCAGGGAAAUAGAUGUCUCUCUUAGGUAUGAUUUUCAAAAUAUGCAUUCUGUUCCUUCCAUUAUAGAUUGGUAUAUGUAUGUAGAUUAUUGUGGUGGCCCUCUGGCUCUGGAACUCCCUCCCGAGAGAAAUUAGUUUAUCCCCUACCUUGGCCACAUUCCGGAAAGACCUGAAAACCUGAUUAUUUCAAUUUGCUUUUGACUCAUUUGACACAAUUUGAUGGAGUCGUUUUUCGUGCACCUAUACCCAGGCACUGCACUUUAUUACUGGCCCAUCUUAUUAGUGUCCUUGAAAUACAUUGCACAUGUAUAAUGUAUUGCCUUGCCUCCAAUUUUGAACCACCCAUUGUGCUUAGCUAUUGGUUAUAAGUUGUUUAUGCUUUUAUGAUUUUUAUAUGUUUUUAUGUAUUAAUUCAUUAUAAUUGAAUGUACAGUAGAGUCUCACUUAUCCAACGUAAAUGGGCCAGCAGAACGUUGGAUAAGCAAAUAUGUUGGAUAAUAAGGAGAGAUUAAGGAAAAGCCUAAUGAACAUUCAAUUAGGUUAUGAUUUUACCAAAACAUCAUGUUAUACAACAAAUUUGACAGAAAAAGUAGUUCAAUACACAGUAAUGCUAUGUAGUAAUUACUGUAUUUACGAAUUUAGCACCAAAAUAUCACAAUGUAUUGAAAACAAAAAUGCAUUGGAUAAUCCAGAAUGUUGGAUAAGCGAGACACUACUGUAUCUUAUGUUACUGUAUUUUAUUGUUACACUAGCUUGGGAACCUGGCUAUGUCCGGGUUAUUUGAAAAAGGCAUUAUUUGUCUUUGAUUGUUAGGGAUUCUCAGUUUGGAGUGGGUGAACUACAAUUCCCAGAAUCGUGGGUGAAUCCUCCCCAAACCUGCCAGUAUUCAAAGUUGGCCAUUUUGGAUCUGUGUACCAAGUGUGGUCCAGAUCUGUCGUUGGCUGGUCAUUGCCUGGCAGCAAUGCUCUGUGAAUGGGGGUGAAGUACUACAACUUCCAGAUUCCCGGGGCAAUUGUCCCAAAACAUCUGUCAGUAUCCACAACAGGCUAUGUUGAAUCUGUGUGUGAAGUUUGGUCCAGAUCUGUUGUUGGCUGGGUUCAGUGCUGUUUGGAUGCACGUGAACUACAACUCCCAAAAGCAAGGCCCAUUCCCACAAACCCCUGCAGUAUGUUCAGUUGGUCAUGAGGCUUCUCUGUGCAAAGUUGGGUCCUGGUCCAUUAUCGGUGGGGACCACUGUUUCUCUGGAUGCAGGUGAACUAUAACUUCCUUUUCCCCAAACUUGUCCAAUAUGUUAUUUUGGUUAUGGGGGCUCUGUGUGCCAAGUUUCGUCCUGGUCUAUCCUCAGUGGGGUUCAGUUGCAGGUGAACUAUAAAUCCCAGUACCUACCACUCCCAAAUGUCCAGGCCAAUUCCCCUCAAAACCCACCAGUAUUCAAAUCUGGGCAUAUCGGGUAUGCAUGGCAGGUUUGGCCCAGAGCCAUCAUUGUUUGGGUUCACAGUGCAUUCUAGGUGUAGGUGAAUUACAACUCCUCUAAAUUCCCCAGUAGGAGUUACAGUGCUCUGACUUGAUGCAGGGCGAACUACAACUUCCACCAUGUGGAGUCAAUCCCCCAAACUCCUCCAAUAAGUUUAGUUCCUCCUCAGUUCUGCUGUGUUUGUUAUGCAGACAGAUUUGAAAGGGAAGGGCAGUAGGUGGGGUCAUGCAAAUUCCACACCAAUGGAGAAGCCUAGGAUGCCUGCCUGUGGUGGAGGAAAAUGCAAAAUCUGGAAUGAAAUGGUCCUCAAAUGAAAGCAUUCCUUGGGUGGUGGGCCAUAGUGUUUGGGAAGGACGUUGGCAGGGUUUGGGCUACAUGUUCAUGGAGCUCACUGUAACCACAAUGUCAGAGGACAGGAGUGACUUGGUGGCUCCUUAGCACUGGGAACUAUAGCCUGUUUGUGUAGGCUGGAGGCUGUCUGUGUGAGUACCUGUGCCACAUACACACAUACAAGUUUUCACUUUUAUUAUGGAUAUAGAGAUUACUGGGCUUGGUCCCCAUGUAAGCUGCCCCAAGUCCCUUUGGGGAAAUGGGGCGGGAUAUAAGAAUAAAGUUAUUAUAUUAUAUAUAAUGCUAAUGUUUUUGUUGUUCAACAACAUACAGGUGGUUAUUUUUAGAAGUCCUGGCGAAUCACAUCAGGAAGUAAAGUUGAUGGGAAAUAUGUUCAUUUUUAGCUUUGUUUUGUUUGUUUGUUUGUUUUCUAUUUUUAUGCAUACUUUUUAAUACAGCAACUAGGCCUAUAAUAUUUUUUAAAGUAUCAUGCAAUGGGGGCAGAGGAAAGUGACAAAGCAUGCUUCCAGAGGGUGACAAUGAACCAGUCAUAUGUCCCUGAAAAAUUCUUAAUUAUUGUAAGAGAUUUUAUUAUGCAUCUUUACUAAAUUUAACCUGAUCUCUUUCUAACAACACUUAGUCAUUAUUAUUUCACCACCUGCUGUUUUAAAUCUCAUUAUAGUUAAAGAACCAGCAUGCUGUCAUGCUUUCAGUGUUGGAUUGUAAUUAUGGAGACUAUGGUUUAUAUCUUUGCUCAGUCAUUGAAAUCCACUGGGUGACCUAUGACCUCAUCAGAUGGGGCUAGAUCCAGUGGCAAAUGGUGAUCUAGCCCUGGUCACCCAUGGAGCCAACUGGCUCUGUUCAAACAACAUCGUGCUGAUUCCGUGGGUGCAGAGGGGUGGAAUUGGCAUGCCGCCGCCGCCCAAGCAACACGGGAAUCUGCCUAUGUUGCCAAAUCUGAGGGGGGAAGCUGCAUGCACCUUGCGUGCUUUAUGCUCCCCCCCCCCCGCUAUGUAAUUGCUCUCCCAGCAGGCAAUGGGAAGGGAGGUGAGGCGUGGGUUGCCAGAUUCCCCAUGCCUCGUGAUGAAGAGAGACACCACUGCCGGCUGCCACCGGAUGUGUGAAGAGGUCUCUCAUCAAAUUCCACUCUCUCAGUCUCAGAGAAAGUGAAAGACCAGCUGCCUCUGAACAAAUAUUGCAAGGAAAACUUCCUGAGAGCUUCAUCUUAGGCUCACCACAAGUAGGAAACAACUUUAAGGCACACAACACCAUCAACAAUGAACGAUAUAUGUAUGUAUACAGACUCACAUCAACAUCAAUACUGAUGUAGAAGAGGGUAAAUAGAAUAGAUGGAAACAAAUAGACUGGCCAAAGCCACAGAAAAGGGAAGCGGGAAUUAUAGUGCCAGACUUAUAUUAGGCAGAAUGAGACAACCAUCUCAGAUAGGAAAUGUUAGGUAUUCUUAAUAAAGACAUUGACUUGUUUUUUACAUGUAUUCUUGUUGUAAGGCAACAAUAAUAGAUGAAUCUUAGAGAUCAUAGGUAAAAGAUAAAGCCAAUCUUUUAGUGAUCUCCAAGAUGUGUUCUUUCUAAAAGAGUGAUAGAUUAUUGUACCUCUGUGCUAUCCUUACUGAGAAAUAGUUGCAUAGUGCCAUACCCUCCAAAACCUUGCAGAAUUGAGCCUAAUCAUUUCAUCAGGAAGGAAACAAAGCUGUGGGAGAAGCAUGUUCCAUAGUUCAGUGGGGUUUAUUCCUUACUGAACAUGCUUAGGAUUGCAAUUUAGUUACAAAACUGUUAAAAAUGGGGCUGAUAAAAUUGUGGAAAUAGAAUGAUCAUGAAUCAAAAGUUUAGUGUGCAAAACUGCUAAAAGAUAUUUCCAAUAAGAUUAUCAGUCCCUAAGGAGAUUAUCCGGGACAAGACAUUUCAUUAUUUGAGAAAAACAGCAGAUGUGCAAGCUGGAAAUCUUUAAAAAUCUGGCCAUCAUGACAAAAGCCAGAGAUCAUUCUGAUGCCUUGAAAGCUAAAUAAUUAAAUAAGUAACUCUUAAAUCUUGGACGAUUGGGAAUUCAGAUUAUCCAUAUAAAAGAUGCUGCCAAACUUCCAAAGCUUAACAUACUGAACAAUUGGUAAAUUUGGAUUUAUUUUCAAGAAUAACAUUUGGUGCAUGUGUGUGCCAUGUUAUCAUCUGCCUCACAAUGUGUACAUUCAUUGAUUAGUGUAGGAUUCCUCCUGAAUGAUUGGCUUUGGGCAUUAAUUUAUUUUGUUUAAAUGCAAUGAAGCAAUUAUUUGAAAAAUGGGAAAAAAACUGGAAAUUAUAGGAAGUUUAAAAAUGCUUUAAGGAAAAAGGGGCCAUUACAUCAGUGAUUUUGGGUAGUAAAUUUAAUGUUAACAUAUUUACAAAGUAUUGCUGUUAUGUGCUCAUCAGCAUUUCCGUAUUUUACUUGACUAUAUCUGGCCAGAGAUAAAGUGUCAUUGACCAAACUUGUUACAGGCUGUUUAGGGAUUUAAUUAUUCAUUAGUCCAUGGCAUGUUGAAAGAUUUUGUAUAGUUUAGAUUUUAUUCCCUCACUCCCUUUUAAUCAUGUGGAAAACUUUUUAAAACUUAAACAGUUUUGACAUUAAAAUGAACUUUUGUCACAAUAAUCCUAUGUGGAAUAGCCUGAUAUAUAAUUUCACAAGGAAGGAACAAUGAUGGAUGUGAUGAAACAUAAUUUUAGUUUAUGCAAAUAACUAUAAAUUCCUAUAAAAUGAACAGGGAAUUAUACCCUUCAUAUAGAUUUUCCCAAACGAUAUUAUGGACUUGCGUGACAGAUGUAUAAUAACUGUAUAAAUCUUAGAAGAAUUUUUAGAAGUGUAUAGGAAAACUUCACAGCUAUUACUUUUGAAAUAUUUGGUAUAAGAGUCAGGUGGAAGAAUAUGAAGUUCUUCUGCAAGAGAAAUGAAAUCAUGUGUUCCACCAUGGUGUAGUAAUUUGGGUGUUGAACUGGGAUGUCUCCUAUGGCUAGCCAUGGAAAGUUCCUGGAUGACCAUUAGCAAAUCACUCUCUCCCAGUCUAAGAGGAAGCAAUAAUAAACCUCCCCUAAACAAAUCUUGUCAACAAAACUACCUGAUAAGUUCACCUUGGGAUUGCCAACAGUCAUAAACAACUUGAAGGCACACAAACAAUUCUGCAUAAACUUACCUGCAAAAACAAGAAUGCAAAGCACCAUUUUUAGAAGGCAUUUUGGUGCUUGGCAUACAGUUUCAUGCUUCUGAUCUCUGAAUUAUAAAUAUCUUUUCCAGUGAACUUAUUAAACGAGAUAACAAAAUUUAUUUUGUGCAGCAAUCUAAGAACAUUCAGCAUUGUCUGUGAAAUUAGACUUUCCUGUUAGAAUGGAGCCUUUGCCAACCCUUACUGUCUUUUCUGAAUAGUAGAUUCCUGUGAAAGUAAACACCUUGGAAUUUGUUUCAUAUCUCUGCCAAGCAAGAUGAUAGGCCACAGGGCAAACAAUGAGGUUCCCAUAGUUCCCACAAAGAUAAAAGAGUUCACUGAAUUAAAGCCAAAUAUUUGUUCAUGUGGACAGCAAUGGCUUUCCUAACAUGGAAGUAAGAGGUAGAACCCCGCAUGGGAGCCCAGUAAUAAAAGCAAAAGAUAGAACUUUGGCUGAGUCAACAUAAAUAUCCUGUAUUAUUUUUUCACUAAUUUAUAUAAAUUAUUGAAAAUUAAUAAUUACUUGAAGAUUUAAAUGAAUAUACUGCCUUGAGAAAAAACCCCCGAUAAACUAGUGUUUAAAUCUAAUACAGUAGAGUCUCACUUAUCCAAGCUAAAUGGGCUGGCAGAAUGUUGGAUAAACAGAUAUGUUGGAUAAUAAAGAGGGAUUAAGGAGAAGCCUAUUAAACAUCAAAUUAGGUUAUGAUUUUACAAAUUAAGCACCAAAACAUCAUGUUAUACAACAAAUUUGACAGAAAAAGUAGUUCAAUACGAAAUAAUGCUCUGUAGUAAUUACUGUAUUUACGAAUUUAGCACCAAAAUAUCACGAUGUAUUGAAAACAUCGACUACAAAAAUGCAUUGGAUAAUCCAGAACGUUGGAUAAGCGAGUGUUGGAUAAGUGAGACUCGACUGUAUAAAGUUUAAAACAAAGAGUUUCAGAGAGUUCCAAUUGCUCUCCAUUCUUAUGUCCUUUAAAUCAGUUGUGUGUACGUUUCACAGCCCAAUCAGCUGAUCACCUGUUUCGGGUUUUUUAAAAGUGGAUAUGUUCUGGAGCAGUCUCCACAGGGGAGAGGGAAGAAAAUCACAUGUUUUUGCAAGUACGGGGAUAUACAGUAAUGCAAAUAUGCACAUUUUCUGUCUGUAAUUGGGAUAAAAGAGAACCUUUUAUCCCAUGUUUUUUUUUUCAUUGCAGCAAAUCAGUGCGGAUUUACUGCUAGCCACCUCCUUUUAACUCUGGAAACCCUGUGUUUUAGGUGCUGUGUAGAAGGGCUCUCAGUGUUCCUUUCUUUCCUUUCCUUCUGCUUUGUGUAUGGCACAGAGAAAUGAAAUAAAGUGGUUCCACCUGAGAAGCAGUCAUGUGUCGGUCAUGACAAUGAAAUCUUAAGACAGGAAUCAUGGCCACACCUUUAUUCUCCAGGAACUGAGCCAGUUUUCAAAUCAGACAGCAAGACAUUUUAGAGAGCAUUGUGUCAUUUUACUUUUCAAUCAGACAAACCUUAAGUAUAGAGGGUGUUUCAAAAUGUAUGUUGAUUCCUGUGAUUCAGAAGAUACAUGAAGAGAGAAAUAAGUAACAGAGAUAUAAUUGUACAUGUACAAUGAUUUGGAAGUGUAGUCUGCUGCUGCUUUCCAAAGUUUAUUUUUGGCAUGGAUUUCCCAAAACUUUGUGUGGGCAUGCAGUGGAAUGUGGGUUAAGGAAAUACAGCUGAAACAAACUAUGUGGUCUGUAAAUAAUGUUUAUCAAUAGGUGAUUUGCAAGUCACCACAAAGCUUUUUUGCAUAUCUUAUGUUUGCAUAUCUUAUGUUUUAUAAGCAAAUAGCAGGUGAGAAUUAGAUUAAACAUUAGAUCCGCCUUGUGAGUAUAGGAAAGGGGAGGCUGUGCAGCCUAGAUAAUUUGAGAAUAGAAUGGGUUAAUCUAUUCCUCUCUGCAUCUUCAACAAAGACGGACUGAUACAUUGCUGUCAGGGUCGUCCCAUUCCACCUACAUCCUCGUCUAGCCUUCUUCCAUCUGCUCAGCUGCCCAGUUCCCAUAAUCCACCACCAGUUAGCUGCCAGAUGCCCUUGCUAGACAGCAAUACUUCCCAUCAAAUCAUGGAUACCAACCCUGAUGAGGAGUUCUCCCCAAAUUCAUACCUGCUAAGAGCAUGCUCAGGGCCACAACAGACUUCCAGCAGUGGCCCUUCAAAUCAUCAUAGCCAGUCAACUCUGAGACCACCUCUUCCACCACCACACAACCACACUCUGUCCCAUCAUCACUCCUCUGCCAAUUCCCUCAACAGGAAUUCUUUAACGAAUCGGCGGAAUCAGAUUCAUGCACCAGCUCCUGCACCAAAUGAUCUGGCAACCACUCCUGAAUCUGUUCAGUUACAAGACAGCUGGGUGCUCAAUAGCAAUGUGCCCCUUGAAACCAGGCAUUUUUUGUUCAAGACAUCUUCUGGAACAACUCCUCUUUUCAGUAGCUCUUCCCCUGGAUACCCUUUGACCUCAGGAACAGUUUACACACCACCUCCCAGACUGCUACCUAGAAAUACUUUCUCCAGAAAUGCAUUCAAGCUAAAAAAGCCCUCCAAGUACUGUAGCUGGAAAUGUGCUGCUUUAUCAGCUAUUGCUGCUGCAAUCCUGCUUGCUAUCCUGCUGGCCUAUUUUAUAGCAAUGCAUAUGCUUGGGCUAAACUGGCAGUUACAACCUGCAGAUGGACACACCUUUAACAAUGGGAUAAGGACUGGAUUGCCAGGCUCUGAUGAUGUAGCAACAAUGCCAUCUGGAGGUAAAGGACCUUGGGGAACUAAAAACAACAGCAUAGAUAGUGGGGAGACAGAGGUCGGACGGAGAGUCACUCAGGAAGUUCAACAAGGAAUAUUCUGGCGAUCACAAAUCCAUAUCACACAGCCACAGUUUCUGAAAUUCAAUAUCUCCUUAGGGAAGGAUGCACUUUUUGCUGUUUAUAUAAGAAGAGGACUUCCACCUUCACAUGUCCAGUAUGACUUUAUGGAACGAUUGGAUGGGAAAGAGAAAUGGAGUGUAGUAGAGUCUCCACGAGAGCGUCGAAGUAUUCAGACCCUUGUUCAGAAUGAAGCUGUUUUUGUUCAGUACUUGGACGUGGGAUUGUGGCACCUAGCCUUUUACAAUGACGGCAAAGAUAAAGAAGUGGUGUCAUUCAGUACAGUCGUGUUGGAUUCUGUGCAGGAUUGUCCCCGUAAUUGUCAUGGCAAUGGUGAAUGUGUAUCAGGAGUCUGUCAUUGUUUUCCUGGAUACCAUGGAGCAGAUUGUGCUAAAGCUGCGUGCCCAGUUUUGUGCAGUGGCAAUGGACAAUACACCAAAGGAGCCUGUUUGUGCUACAGUGGCUGGAAAGGGCCGGAGUGUGAUGUACCCAUCAGCCAGUGUAUUGAUCCUUCAUGCGGGGGCCAUGGUUCAUGCAUUGAAGGGAGCUGUGUCUGCUCCAUUGGCUACAAAGGCGAAAACUGUGAGGAAGUUGAUUGCUUGGAUCCCUCCUGUUCCAACCAUGGUGUUUGCGUAAAUGGAGAAUGCCUCUGCAGCCCAGGCUGGGGAGGUUUAAAUUGUGAGCUUCCUCGCGCCCAGUGUCCGGACCAAUGUAGUGGGCAUGGCACAUACCUCUCUGACACAGGCCUCUGUAACUGCGAUCCUAACUGGAUGGGUCCUGACUGCUCUGUUGAAGUGUGUUCUGUAGAUUGUGGCACUCAUGGUGUCUGCAUUGGUGGAGCAUGUCGCUGUGAAGAGGGCUGGACAGGGGUAGCCUGUGACCAACGUGUCUGCCAUCCCCGCUGCACAGAGCAUGGAACUUGUAAAGAUGGGAAAUGUGAAUGCCGAGAGGGCUGGAAUGGGGAGCACUGCACCAUUGGUAGGCAAACGACAGCCACCGAAACAGAUGGCUGCCCCGAUUUGUGCAAUGGCAAUGGGAGAUGCACACUCGGUCAGAACAGCUGGCAGUGUGUCUGCCAGACCGGCUGGAGAGGGCCUGGAUGCAAUGUUGCUAUGGAAACCUCCUGUGCCGAUAACAAGGAUAAUGAGGGAGACGGACUUGUGGACUGCCUGGAUCCUGACUGCUGCCUCCAGUCAACUUGUCAGAACAGCCUGCUCUGCCGUGGCUCACGUGACCCCCUAGACAUCAUACAACAAAGUCACUCUGGUGCGCCAAUUGUAAAGUCAUUCUAUGAUCGAAUCAAGCUGUUAGUGGGCAAAGACAGCACUCAUAUCAUCCCUGGAGAAAAUCCAUUCAACAGCAGUCUUGUAUCUCUUAUAAGAGGCCAAGUGGUGACUACAGAUGGAACUCCACUUGUUGGCGUCAAUGUGUCUUUUGUCAAGUAUCCAAAGUACGGCUACACCAUCACUCGCCAGGAUGGCACGUUUGACUUGAUUGCAAAUGGAGGAGCAUCUCUCACUCUACACUUUGAGCGAGCCCCGUUCAUGAGCCAAGAGAGGACAGUCUGGCUGCCAUGGAACAGUUUCUACGCCAUGGAUACACUUGCAAUGAAGACUGAAGAGAACUCUAUUCCUAGCUGUGACCUUAGUGGUUUUAUCCGUCCUGAUCCUGUUAUAAUUUCAUCACCACUUUCCACAUUCUUCAGUGCUUCUCCUAGUCAAAACCCCAUUGUUCCAGAGACCCAGGUUCUUCAUGAAGAAAUUGAAAUCCCCAGUGCAAACAUAAAACUCUGUUAUCUGAGUUCACGGACUGCUGGAUACAAAUCUUUGCUUAAGAUCACCAUGACACAGUCUCUUGUGCCUCUGAACUUAAUUAAAGUUCACCUGAUGGUAGCAGUGGAAGGCCAUCUUUUUCAAAAGUCGUUCCAAGCAUCUCCCAAUUUGGCAUAUACUUUUAUUUGGGACAAAGCGGAUGCCUAUGGUCAGAAGGUUUAUGGGCUCUCGGAUGCUGUAGUGUCUGUGGGAUAUGAGUAUGAAACCUGUCCCAGUCUAAUUUUAUGGGAGAAAAGGACUGCCUUGCUGCAAGGAUUUGAACUUGACCCCUCAAAACUUGGAGGCUGGUCUUUGGAUAAGCAUCAUGUGCUUAACGUAAAAAGCGGUAUUCUACACAAAGGCAAUGGAGAGAAUCAGUUUCUAACUCAGCAGCCAACAGUGAUCACCAGCAUCAUGGGAAAUGGGCGUCGAAGAAGUAUCUCCUGCCCAAGUUGUAAUGGGCUUGCUGAAGGAAACAAGUUGUUGGCCCCUGUGGCCCUUGCUGUAGGAAUCGAUGGCAGCCUCUUUGUUGGGGAUUUUAACUACAUCCGGCGCAUCUUUCCCUCUAGGAACGUCACCAGCAUUUUGGAAUUAAGAAAUAAAGAAUUUAAACAUAGCAACAACCCUGCCCACAAGUACUAUCUAGCUGUGGAUCCUGUUUCAGGCUCACUCUAUGUCUCGGACACCAACAGCCGUCGCAUUUACAGAGUCAGAAGCCUUACUGGUGCAAAGGACCUUGCCACUAAUUCAGAAGUUGUGGCUGGGACAGGGGAACAGUGCCUGCCUUUUGAUGAGGGCAGAUGUGGCGAUGGAGGGAAAGGAGUGGAUGCCACAUUAAUGAGCCCACGAGGAAUUGCAGUGGAUAAGUAUGGCCUUAUGUAUUUUGUUGAUGCUACAAUGAUCCGGAAAGUUGAUCAGAAUGGAAUCAUAUCAACUCUUCUGGGUUCUAAUGACCUGACUGCUGUUCGGCCACUAAGCUGUGAUUCCAGCAUGGAUGUCAGCCAGGUGCGUCUGGAAUGGCCAACUGACCUAGCUGUCAAUCCCAUGGAUAAUUCUCUGUAUGUACUGGAGAACAACGUCAUUUUACGAAUCACAGAGAACCAUCAGGUCAGCAUCAUCGCUGGCCGUCCGAUGCACUGCCAGGUUCCUGGCAUAGACUACUCUCUCAGCAAACUGGCCAUUCAUUCGGCUCUGGAGUCAGCCAGUGCCAUUGCCAUCUCUCACACAGGAAUUCUUUACAUCAGUGAGACAGAUGAGAAGAAAAUUAACCGGCUUCGUCAGGUCACAACUAAUGGCGAGAUCUGCCUUCUAGCUGGAGCAGCUUCAGACUGUGACUGCAAAAAUGAUGUCAACUGUAAUUGCUAUGCUGGCGAUGAUGCUUAUGCCACUGAUGCCAUCUUAAAUACUCCUUCUUCCCUAGCUGUGGCACCUGAUGGCACCAUUUAUAUAGCUGACCUUGGGAAUAUACGUAUCAGGGCUGUCAGCAAAAAUAAGCCUGUUCUUAAUGCUUUCAACCAGUAUGAAAUCGCAUCUCCAGGAGAGCAGGAACUAUAUGUCUUCAGCAUUGAUGGUAUCCACCAAUACACCCUCAGCCUUGUUACAGGAGAAUAUCUGUAUAAUUUCACCUAUAGUGCCGAUAAUGAUGUGACCGAGGUGAUUGAUAACAAUGGUAACUCUCUAAAAGUGAGACGGGAUACAAAUGGAGUGCCACGUCAUUUUCUAAUGCCUGACAAUCAAAUUGUGACUCUUGCUGUUGGCACAAAUGGUGGUCUUAAAGUAGUGUCAACCCAGACUUUGGAACUUGGAUUAAUGACCUAUCAUGGGAACAGUGGUCUCUUGGCAACCAAAAGUGAUGAGACAGGAUGGACGACCUUUUAUGAUUAUGACCACGAAGGACGCCUGACCAAUGUAACCCGCCCUACUGGUGUAGUAACAAGUCUCCAUCGGGAAAUGGAAAAGUCUAUCACCAUAGAUAUUGAAAAUUCCAACCGGGAUGAUGAUGUCACAGUAAUCACCAACCUUUCCUCUGUUGAGGCAUCCUAUACAGUCGUUCAAGAUCAAGUGAGGAACAGCUAUCAGCUCUGCAAUAAUGGCACCUUGCGAGUGAUGUAUGCCAAUGGAAUGAGCAUUAGCUUCCACAGUGAACCCCAUGUCCUCGCUGGCACCGUGACCCCAACUAUAGGACGAUGUAACAUUUCUCUGCCUAUGGAGAACGGCUUAAAUUCAAUAGAGUGGCGUCUCAGAAAGGAACAGAUUAAAGGGAAGGUGACUGUGUUUGGAAGAAAGCUCAGGGUCCAUGGAAGAAAUUUGUUGUCUAUUGAUUAUGACCGAAACAUUCGGACAGAAAAAAUAUAUGAUGACCACCGGAAGUUUACGCUGCGUAUUAUUUAUGAUCAACUGGGACGCCCUUUUCUCUGGCUACCCAGCAGUGGGCUUGCUGCUGUGAAUGUGUCUUAUUUUGCCAGUGGACGACUGGCUGGACUUCAGCGCGGCGCCAUGAGUGAAAAAACAGAUAUUGACAAACAAGGCAGGAUUAUUUCCCGUAUGUUUGCAGAUGGAAAAGUAUGGAGUUAUACGUAUCUGGAAAAAUCUAUGGUGCUACUACUUCAGAGUCAACGGCAGUACAUCUUUGAAUAUGAUUCUUCAGACCGCCUGAAUGCUGUCACCAUGCCAAGCAUUGCGCGGCACAGUAUGUCCACCCAUACGUCGAUUGGCUAUAUUCGAAAUAUUUAUAACCCUCCUGAGAGUAAUGCCUCAGUGAUUUUUGAUUACAGUGAUGAUGGAAGGAUUUUGAAAACAUCUUUUUUAGGAACUGGUCGGCAGGUUUUCUACAAAUAUGGAAAAUUAUCCAAGUUGUCAGAGAUUGUAUAUGACAGUACAGCAGUGACUUUUGGAUAUGAUGAAACCACUGGAGUUCUCAAAAUGGUUAAUCUACAGAGCGGUGGCUUUUCUUGCACCAUCCGCUAUCGUAAAAUUGGUCCUCUGGUUGACAAACAGAUUUACCGAUUUUCCGAGGAAGGUAUGGUCAAUGCAAGGUUUGAUUAUACCUAUCAUGACAAUAGUUUUCGAAUUGCUAGCAUCAAGCCUAUAAUAAGUGAAAUACCUCUUCCAGUUGACCUUUAUCGUUAUGAUGAAAUCUCAGGCAAAGUAGAGCACUUUGGCAAAUUUGGGGUAAUUUAUUAUGAUAUAAAUCAGAUAAUUACCACUGCUGUGAUGACAUUGAGCAAACACUUUGAUACACAUGGACGUAUUAAAGAAGUUCAGUAUGAAAUGUUCCGCUCGCUCAUGUAUUGGAUGACAGUGCAAUAUGACAGUAUGGGAAGAGUAACUAAGAGAGAGUUGAAGCUUGGGCCUUACGCCAACACAACUAAAUACACCUAUGAUUAUGAUGGUGAUGGCCAGCUCCAGAGUGUGGCAGUUAAUGACAGGCCAAACUGGCGUUACAGUUAUGAUCUCAAUGGCAAUCUGCAUCUCCUGAAUCCUGGAAACAGUGUCAGGCUGAUGCCACUGCGCUAUGAUCUGAGAGACAGGAUUACACGCCUGGGUGAUGUGCAAUAUAAAAUUGAUGAUGAUGGAUUUCUGUGCCAAAGAGGUUCUGAUAUAUUUGAGUAUAAUUCCAAAGGCCUCUUAACAAGAGCAUACAAUAAAGCAAAUGGAUGGAGUAUUCAGUUCCGUUAUGAUGGACUAGGAAGACGAGCUUCAUUCAAAACCAACUUGGGACACCACCUUCAGUAUUUUUAUGCUGAUCUUCACAACCCAACUAGGAUAACUCAUGUGUAUAAUCAUUCCAAUUCAGAAAUUACCUCUCUCUAUUAUGAUCUACAAGGCCAUCUAUUUGCAAUGGAAAGCAGCAGUGGGGAAGAAUAUUAUGUUGCCUCGGAUAACACAGGUACACCAUUGGCAGUGUUCAGCAUCAAUGGCCUAAUGAUCAAGCAAUUACAAUAUACAGCAUAUGGGGAGAUCUAUCAUGAUACUAACCCAGAUUUCCAAAUAGUAAUUGGAUUUCAUGGAGGACUGUAUGAUCCCUUAACAAAACUAGUCCACUUUACUCAAAGAGAUUAUGAUGUUUUGGCUGGACGUUGGACCUCUCCCGACUACACAAUGUGGAGAAAUAUUGGUAAGGAACCUGCUCCAUUCAAUCUGUAUAUGUUCAAGAGCAACAACCCACUCAGCAAUGAACUGGAUUUGAAGAACUAUGUGACAGAUGUCAAAAGCUGGUUAGUGAUGUUUGGUUUUCAACUCAGCAACAUUAUUCCUGGUUUCCCAAGAGCCAAAAUGUACUUUGUGCCACCUCCUUUUGAGCUGUCAGAGUCCCAGGCCUGUGAAAAUGGACAGCUAAUUACUGGAGUACAGCAAGCAACAGAGAGGCACAACCAAGCCUUCAUGGCCCUUGAAGGACAAGUCAUAUCUAAAAAAUUACAUGCCAACAUUAGAGAGAAAGCGGGUCACUGGUUUGCCACCAUGACUCCAAUUAUUGGCAAGGGGAUCAUGUUUGCUGUGAAGGAAGGCAGAGUAACCACCGGUAUUUCAAGCAUCACAACAGAAGACAGUCGGAAGAUUGCCUCAGUGCUGAACAAUGCUUACUACCUGGAAAAAAUGCACUACAGCAUUGAGGGGAAAGACACUCACUAUUUUGUCAAGGUCGGCUCAUCUGAUGGAGACUUGGUCACCCUGGCAAUGACUAGCGGGCGCAAGGUGCUGGACAGCGGUGUCAAUGUGACAGUCUCGCAGCCGACCCUCUUGGUCAAUGGAAGGACUCGAAGGUUUACAAAUAUCGAAUUCCAAUACUCAACCUUGCUCCUUAACAUCCGCUAUGGCCUAACCCCUGACACGCUGGACGAAGAGAAGGCGAGAGUGCUGGACCAAGCUCGGCAGCGCGCUCUAGGGUUGGCCUGGGCCAAAGAGCAGCAGAAGGCACGGGAUGGCAAAGAGGGCAGCCGCCUGUGGACUGAAGGAGAGAAGCAGCAGCUUUUGAGCACAGGGAGGGUCCAAGGCUACGAGGGAUACUAUGUGCUCCCAGUGGAGCAGUACCCAGAGCUGGCAGACAGUAGCAGCAACAUCCAGUUCUUAAGACAGAACGAGAUGGGAAAGAGGUAACAAAUUAACCUGCUGUCAUCCUUUGCCUGGAUGAAUCAGUAGUUACAACUGUUAUCUCCUCUCCUAAGGAGAUGAAGACCAACAGGGGGGCACUCGGCUGAGCUACUUUGGGAUAAUAAGUGGCAAGAAAGCUCACAUUUUUUGAGUUAAAUGCUGCUGUCCAAGUGAUUACAAACCACAUCCUGAAGUGGACUAAAGCCAGACUGAAAACUUUAAACCGUGCAAAUUCAAAAGUACCCCAUAAAUAUUACCCACUUGUUCUGGGUCUAAAGAAAAAAAAAUCAAAACAAAAAUAUUAAGAGAGAAGGCCUCAUCUUAUAUUACCUCACUCCAUUCACAUGUGAGCAAACUUUCAAGAAAUCCAAGAGGGCCACCCACCUCCACUAGACCAGCUGACGGAGAGAAAUAAAGAUCCUUCAGGCUGCUUGUUUGAUAAACGUUCUAGAGGUUUUUCAUUUAAAAAGCAAAAUACAGGUUCAUUUAUUACAUGACUUCUGGGGUGAUUUGUGUGUAGCAACUGGAAGAAAUGAGGAGAACGGGAGCAACAGAGCACUGGAAAUAGUAACAGAAAUAUAUUAAGGAAUAUAAACCUGCACUUGCACUCCGACCCUGCUUUUGUCUGGCCUAAAGUUAAUUUAUUCAAAGAGGGCAGAGUGUAAAGUUGAAUUCAAAAUGGUGGCUAUAAAUCACUACUGAUAAAUUUCAUACUCUGUUUGUCUUUGAAGAUUCCAUUGUGGACAGUAUAACACAGUUACAGGGUGUAGUCUGUUUAGAUUCAGUAGUUUGUUGGUAUCAGUUCUAGUAGAGCUGUGGGCAUUGUGUUAACACUAUUGCAAAUGGGCACCAAUUCAGAUCACCCUGUACAUACAUCAGCCAGAAGGCACAAUCACUGUUUCAGAUUUUAAAAAAAGAAAAAAAAAUAUUAGUGUGUUUGUUUGGUCGAGAAACUGAGACAAUCACAUUAUGGUCACCGAGAGAGAGAGAGAAAAAUAUUUAAAAAAAUAUAAAAACAAGUCUAAUAAGAACUUUGGUACAGAACUUUUUUGUAAUAUACAUGUAUGAAUUGUUCAUUGAGUUUUUAUAUUAAUUUUAAUUUGCUGCUAAGCAAAGAAUAGAGACAGGCAAAGAUAAUUUAUGGCAAAGUGUUUAAAUUGUUUAUACAUAAAUAAAGUCUCUAAAACCCC